AUGAAAGGCGAUAAAAAUGUGGACAUUCAAGCCCUUAAAGACAUUGCCAAUAAGCUGAGAAUCGACAGUAUCGUCGCCACAAAUGCAUCAAAAUCGGGUCACCCGACAUCAUGCGCGUCGAUGGCAGAGAUCAUGUCGGUGCUGUUCUUCAACACCAUGCGGUACAAGAUCUCCGCGCCCAGAGACGCCUCCGCCGACCGGUUCAUUCUCUCAAAGGGUCAUGCUGCACCCAUUCUCUAUGCCGCGUGGGCUGAAGCCGGGCUCUUUCCCGUCGAAGAUCUGAAGAAUCUCCGCAAGCUGGACUCCGACCUCGAGGGUCACCCCACUCCAAGACUGAACUUUGUAGAUGUGGGUACCGGGUCCCUCGGCCAAGGAUUAGCCGUCGCCGCCGGUAUGGCGUACGUCGGAAAAUAUUUCGAUCAAGCACCUUACAGGGUGUACUGUGUGGUGGGCGACGGCGAGGCUGCGGAGGGCAGCGUGUGGGAGUCGCUGCACUUCGCGAGCCACUACAAGCUAGACAAUCUCGUCGUCAUCUUCGACGUGAACCGUCUGGGGCAAUCCGAGCCCACGUCACUGCAACAUCAGUUGGAAGUAUAUGAUGCGCGACUCAAAGCUUUCGGCCUCCACUCAUUGGUGGUGGACGGUCACGACGUGUCGGAGCUGGUGAAGGCCUUCGACGAGGCCGCCACAGUUUCUGGCAAGCCCACCGCCAUUGUAGCUAAGACCUUUAAGGGCAAGAACUUCCCUGGCAUUGAGGACCUGGAGAACUGGCACGGCAAGGCCCUUGGUGCUGAAGGAGAAAAGAUCAUUAAGCACCUACAAUCCCUGAUCAAAGACAGCACAGUGAGCCUGAAACCCAAAGCCCCUCUGGGAGAGGCUCCCAAGGUCCACAUCGGUGACAUCACGCUGUCCGCGCCCCCCUCGUACAAGAAGGGGGAGAAGGUGGCCACCCGCCUCGCCUACGGAACUGCUUUGAAGAAGAUCGCCGACACCAACAUGCGUGUGAUCGCGUUGGACGGUGACACUAAGAACUCUACAUUCAGUGACAAGUUGCGCAACGCAUACCCUGACAGAUACAUCGAGUGCUUCAUCGCGGAACAGAACCUGGUGGGCGUGGCGACGGGAGCCGCCUGUCGCGACCGAGCCGUCGUCUUCGCCUCCACCUUCGCCGCCUUCUUCACCAGAACCUUCGACCAGAUCCGCAUGGGCGCCAUCAGCCAGUCCAACAUAAACCUGGCCGGCUCGCACUGCGGCGUGAGCAUCGGAGAGGACGGACCCUCGCAGAUGGGGCUCGAGGACCUCGCCAUGUUCCGCUCCGUGCCCACGGCCACCGUGUUCUACCCCUCUGACGCGGUGUCGUGCGAGCGCGCGGUGGAGCUGGCGGCCAACACGCGCGGCGUCUGCUACAUCCGCACCUCGCGGCCCAACACCGCGCUCGUCUAUCCCAACGACGAAGUCUUCAAGGUGGGUCAAGCCAAGAUAGUCCGCCAGUCCCCCAAGGACCGGGCCCUGGUGGUGGGGGCGGGGAUCACCCUACACGAGGCUCUCUCCGCUGCGGACUCGCUCAAAGCUGAAGGAGUGGAGAUCCGUGUGCUGGACCCCUUCACCAUCAAGCCGCUGGACGAGGCUGCGCUGGUGCAGCACGCGCGGGCUGUGGGGGGGAGGGUCGUCGUCGUCGAGGACCACUAUCAAGCCGGUGGUGUCGGCGAGGCGGUGAUGUCGGCGCUGGCCCUGCAGCGCGACGUGGUCGUGCAACACGUGUGCGUGCGCGAGGUCCCACGUUCAGGUCCGCCCGAGGCUCUGCUCGACAAGUACGGCAUCUCCGCCUCACACAUCAGUGCCGCCGUGCACCAGGUGCUCAAGGCGUAG